AGCAAACAGUUCGCACAUGACCAAUUGUCGGGCUCAAGCGACGCACGCCGUAGCCACAAGCCACUGUUAGCCAUCGUCCCUUUUCCCAUUUUCCAUUUUCCAAUCGAAACGAAAUUUUACAGAGAGAGAGAGAGAGAGAGAGAGAGAUCUGAGAUCGAACCAAAACCAUGUGGAGAAGACUCUCAAAGCCGCUUCGAACCCUCACCACAACCAAUCUCCACCGCUCCGCCGCCGCCGCCGCCGUCUCUCCUCCUCCUCCGCCGCCCCACCUCCCGAUCUUCACCGCUGUAUCUCGCCACUUCACUGCCGAUUCCAGUACUGCUGUUUCGAAGAAGAAAGUGGAAGAUGUAAUGCCGAUUGCUACCGGACACGAGCGCGAGGAGCUCGAAGCUGAGCUCCUGGGACGGAAAAUUCUAGAUAUCGACUAUCCGGAUGGUCCUUUCGGUACAAAGGAAGCACCUGCAAUCGUUAAGUCCUACUAUGACAAAAGAAUUGUUGGAUGCCCUGGAGGUGAAGGGGAAGACGAGCAUGAUGUCGUUUGGUUCUGGCUAGAGAAAGGCAAGCAACAUGAAUGUCCAGUGUGCUUGCAGUACUUUGAGUUGGAAGUGGUUGGCCCAGGAGGACCUCCUGAUGGACAUGGUGAUGAUGAGCAUCACUGAUUUCUGGUUGCAAUGUUUUUGCCAGAAUAAAAUCUGGUGAAACUUUGGGACUGUUCACUAUAUUGUGGUGCUCAGAAUUCAAAGGACUGUUCACUAUAUUCUGGUGCUCAGAAUUCAAAAGGGUUUGUACUCUUUUUUUCCUUUCGGCAAAUCUUUGGUUCUCAUGGUUGUUACCAUGGCAAAGUUCGAUAUUUUUUCCCACAAUUUUGGAUGAUAGAUGUAAGCGUGUCAUCAAUUGGAAUUUAUUGAUUCCAUCAGUUCUCUUCAGCGCAACACUAAUAAUUGGUGCCUACUGUGACAUUUCUCUUGUAUAACGUGGCAUUCUUCUGCAAAUUAAUUAUUGACCGUCA